UCAGAGACUUUCAGUCUGAGGAAACAGGAUUGACUAAGGAGUUGUCAAGGUGAAGGUGGCUGUAGCUUGCUCUGCUUCUCUGAUCUUUCAGCUUUUACCCCAAUAUCUGGCACAGCAGCUAUACAGAAAAGAUGAGUGAGGAAUCCAACGAUGACAAGACGCCAAGGACUAAAUUUGAACUGGAGCGAGAAACAGAGCUUCGAUUUGAGGUGGAGGCGUCUCAGUCAAUGCAGCUGGAGUUGUUGGCUGGCAUGGCGGAGAUCUUUGGCACAGAGCUGACCAGAAACAAAAAGUUUACCUUUGAUUCUGGUGCCAAGGUGGCUGUUUUCACUUGGCACGGCUGUUCUCUGCAAUUGAGUGGCCGGACCGAGGUGGCUUAUGUCUCUAAAGACACCCCUAUGUUGCUCUACCUCAACACUCAAGCCUUGGAGCAGAUGCGGAGGCAGGCAGAAAAGAAAGAAGAGAGAGGCCCCCGAGUGAUGGUGGUGGGUCCUACUGAUGUGGGCAAGUCCACCGUGUGUCGACUGCUACUCAACUAUGCAGUGCGUUUGGGCCACCGUCCUACUUACGUGGAGCUGGAUGUGGGUCAGGGCUCUGUGUCCAUCCCUGAUACCAUGGGGGCCCUCCACAUUGAACGGCCAGCAGAUGUGGAAGAAGGUUUCUCCAUCCAGGCCCCUCUUGUGUAUCAUUUCGGCUCCACCACUCCUGGCACCAACAUCAAGCUUUAUAAUAAGAUUACAUCACGUUUAGCCGAUGUGUUCAACCAAAGGUGUGAAGUGAAUAGAAGGGCUUCUGUGAGUGGCUGUGUCAUUAACACCUGUGGCUGGGUCAAGGGCUCUGGUUACCAGGCCCUGGUACAUGCAGCUUCAGCCUUUGAAGUAGAUGUGGUUGUGGUGCUGGAUCAAGAACGAUUGUACAAUGAAUUGAAAAGGGACCUGCCUCAUUUUGUUCGAACUGUGCUGCUCCCAAAAUCAGGGGGUGUGGUGGAACGCUCCAAGGACUUCCGGCGGGAAUGUAGGGAUGAGCGGAUCCAUGAGUACUUCUAUGGAUUCCGAGGCUGCUUCUAUCCUCAUGCCUUCAAUGUCAAAUUUUCUGAUGUGAAAAUCUACAAAGUAGGGGCACCCACCAUCCCAGACUCCUGUUUACCUCUGGGCAUGUCUCAGGAAGACAAUCAGCUCAAGUUAGUGCCCGUCACCCCUGGCAGAGAUAUGGUGCACCAUCUCCUGAGUGUCAGCACUGCUGAGGGGACAGAGGAAAACCUUUCUGAGACAAGUGUGGCUGGAUUCAUUGUGGUGACCAGUGUGGACCUGGAACACCAGGUGUUUACUGUCCUGUCUCCAGCCCCUUGCCCACUGCCUAAGAACUUCCUUCUCAUCAUGGAUAUCCGGUUCAUGGAUCUCAAGUAGUAAUUAGCAAGGAGCCUCACUUUCUGGGCCGUAGAAAUCUGGCCAUCAUAAAGGCAGAGAAGAUUUGGAAACCUUAUUAAGGAGCUGACAA